CUUUUAUUGUAAUGGCAUCUUUAAAGCAUUGUCUUCCAUGUGCUAGCCCUUAAAGCCUGCAUAUCUUCUGAUCAGAUAUUCCAGUUGACUUAUUUGAUUCACAGGAAUAUGGAGAGAGCCAACUUUACAGAAACAAAAGACUUUUACCUGACAGAGCUGUCUGAUCUUCCAGAAGUGCGAAAUUCCCUCUUUGUGGCAAUGCUGCUGAUCUACUUAACCACCCUAGCAGGGAAUGGAGCAAUCCUCUUCGCAAUAGGGACAGAUGUCCACCUCCAGACCCCCAUGUACUUCUUCCUCAGUAAUUUAUCUUUUCUGGAUGUCCUUUGCCCAACUGUCACUGUGCCAAAGAUGCUCCAAAUCUUCUUGUCGGAAGAUAAGACAAUCUCAUUUGUGGGCUGCAUGCUACAACUCUUCUUUCUGAUUGAUGUGGUGGGCACUGAAAUUCUUUUGCUAGCAGUGAUGGCCUAUGACCGCUAUGUGGCCAUCUGCAGUCCCUUGCACUACACAAACAUCAUGAGCAAACAUCUGUGUGCUCAGUUGGCUGCUGGAACUUGGCUAACUGGCUUUAUCAGUUCCCUGGUUCAUACCUCCUUGACAUUUACAUUAUCUUUCUGUGGGCCCAACAAAGUUAAUCAGUAUUACUGUGAUAUCCCCCCAGUGUUGGCUGCCUCUUGCUCUUCUACCUACCUCGCUGAACUGGUCCUCCUCCUUGUGGCUGGAAUUUUAGGAGGUGGUGCUUUCCUGGUCACCCUGAUCUCUUACAUCUAUAUUAUUUUAGCUAUCUUGCGCAUGCACUCUGCUGAGGGAAGGCGCAAAGCCUUUUCCACCUGUGGUUCCCACUUAACUGUAGUUUGCCUCUUCUAUGGGACCACCAUUGCCACCUAUGUUCGCCCCACCUCCACCUAUUCCCCCAAGCAGGAUAGAAUUGUUUCUAUGUUGUAUGGGGUUGUUACUCCUAUGCUAAACCCCAUGAUCUACAGUCUGAGGAAUAAGGAAGUGAAAAGGGCCUUGGUCAAAGCGCUCAGCCUGAAAAGAUUUUCAUGA